GAUGGAAUUCAUUAUUCAGCUUGCCAAGAGAGGUCACGGUUUUGGACCACUGCCAAGUCCCAAGCCAGCCCUCUUGGAUUUACUGACAUGUGCCGCUUGUGAGGAAUGUAGCUGAAGUCCGCUUGUGGAAGUCUCUUGGUAGGCAGCCAAGUUGACGGAGAGCAGACAGAAGCAUUCAAGCCGCAGAUCUACAGAGGCAAAACCCAGCUUGCCUUCUCCAAGCGGGGCGAACGGCUAUCUAAGCAAAAGGGACAAUCAUAUCUUUUUCUUCUUCUUCUCCCUUUUCCUUUUUUGUUGUUGUUGUUCUUGUGAUCUUCUAGGGUUUUAUUUUCCUUUCCAUAUACACACAGCCACAAAAACCUAUAUAUUCCUUCUACUCUUCUGAACAGAAGCAAUGAUUAAGUCAAGCUGGUUCUACGUCAGAUUCAAAUAUGCUGAAAAGCUCAAUCCAGGCCAAAACAGCUGCCGAGACAGUGACAGUGAAAGUGCAAGCGGAGAAUCUAAAGGAUUUCAUCGGAGCAGCUCGAGAGAGAGACUCAGUGACAGCUCCGCUCCUUCCAGCUUGGGAACAGGCUACUUUUGUGACAGCGACAGUGAUCAAGAAGAAAAGGGGAUUACUUAUGGCCUGCAAACUCCUAGACUGAAUCCUCUCUGUAAACAAGGAAAUGAAAACCUCAGACCGAGGCUUUUGCAGACCCUGGAGGCUUCUGAUGCCAGCUCAGAAAAGUUGUUCAACGCAGUCACAAACAAAGAUACAGACUUAGGAGUUGGUACGCUAACAGAAAAUGAAGAUCAAGAGGCCAGGUCUUUGGCACUCCCCAAAAUAUCAGGAUUAGAACGGAGCCAAGAGAAGAGUCAGGACAGUGGGAAAGAGCCAUCACUUGACCCUGUUGUGCCUCAGGAUCUUUGUCCUCAAGUUUCUCAGCCUUUGGUCACACCUCGUUUGGAGCCACCAACAGAAGCACGUUCUCCAAAGCCACCUGCUGUCCACCCUGCUCGCUCCUCCUAUUCGGAAGGCCCAGAGAAGCAACCAGCUUUGGAAGAGGCCCAGUUUCCCACAGUUCCUCCUUCCCAAAUACAACAUCCACCGAGACCUCCCUCUCCUGGGCAGCCGGCCCAUCCAAACAUACCACCUUCUCAGCUGCGUCCUCCCUCCCGUAGCCUUGCACAACAGCUGUCAGCUUAUAACAGCAGCAGUUUAAGCCUCAACAGUUUGAGCAGCAGCAGAAGCAGCACCCCAGCCAAAAGCCAGCCCCCUCCUCCUCCUCUGCCUCCUCCACCCAUAGCUCACCAUCCUUCAGCAUCCCCCUUCCCUCUCUCUUUACCCAAUCACAGCCCUCUCCAUAAUUUCACACCUGCCCUCCAGCCUUCUACCCACACCCACCACCCCAAUAUGUUUGCCCCUCCCACGGCAUUACCUCCUCCUCCUCCUCUGACAUCGGGGACCUUACAAGUUCCAGGUCAUCCUGCUGGCACUGCUUACUCAGAGCAAGAUCUUCUCCGCCAGGAGCUGAACACUCGGUUCCUGGCUUCCCAGAGCGCCGAUCGUGGCGCCUCGCUAGGCCCACCACCCUACUUGAGGACGGAGUUCCACCAGCACCAACACCAACACCAGCACACGCACCAACACACGCACCAGCACACCUUCACGCCUUUUCCUCACGCCCUCCCACCAACAGCCAUCAUGCCAACGCCAGCACCUCCCAUGGUGCGUAAUCCAGGCAGAAAUUUUGACAAAUAUCCUACAAAAGUAGAUCCUUUCUACCGUCACAGUUUAUUCCACUCCUUUCCUCCUGCUGUAUCUGGGAUCCCUCCCAUGAUACCUCCAACUGGUCCUUUUGGCUCGCUGCAAGGAGCGUUUCAACCCAAGACUUCAAAUCCUAUUGAUGUUGCAACAAGGCCUGGAGCUCUUCCCCAUACGCUCCUUCAGAAGGAUCCCAGGUUGACAGAUCCAUUCAGGCCCAUGUUGAGGAAACCAGGCAAAUGGUGUGCUAUGCAUGUUCAUAUUGCUUGGCAGAUCUACCACCAUCAACAGAAAGUCAAGAAACAGAUGCAGACAGAUCCUCAUAAAUUGGACUUUGGUUUGAAACCUGAAUUUCUGAGCAGACCUCCGGGUCCCAGUCUUUUUGGGGCCAUUCAUCAUCCUCAUGAUUUAGCCCGGCCAUCAACUCUUUUCUCUGCAACCAGUGCCCACCAUCCAGCCGGUCCUACUUUUGGCCCACCCUCGCACCACAGCAACUUUCUCAACCCAGCAGCCCAUUUAGAGACUUUUAAUCGGCCCGCGACGUUCACCAGCCUUGCAGCCAUGAGCAGCAAUGCCUUCGGGGGACUUGGCAACCAUGCCGUUACACCCAACGCUAUGUUUGGCCACAAGGAUUGCCCCAGCAUGCAAAGCUUUAGCAACCCCCACGAGCCUUGGAAUCGUCUGCAUCGAACGCCUCCUUCGUUUCCAACUCCACCGCCCUGGCUGAAGCCAGGUGAGCAGGAACGCAGCGCGUCCGCUGCAGCUCAUGAACGAGACAGAGAUGUAGAUAAAGGAGACGCUUCUCUUAGUAAAGAUGACAAAGAAAGGGAAACUAUUGAGAAAAGACACUCAAGCCACCCUUCAUCAGCGCCUAUCCAUUCUGUGAAUUCCCUUGGACACAACCGCAGCUCAGUUGAACAGAUCAGAAGUCACCUGAACUCAGAGGCUCGUGAAAAAGAGAAGCCCAAAGAGCGAGAGAGGGAUCAUCCAGAAUCACGGAAGGAUAUCAGUGUUGAUGAGCACAAGGCAAAAGACAAUUAUAUUUCAGACAAGGAAAGUCUGACCCAUGAUAACAGAUCGUUGGAAGAAUCUAAACAAGCAUCUCGGGUGCCUUCACCAUACACCAGGACACCUGUUGCAGAAAGCACCAGACCUAACAGCAACUCGAGUCGGGAUACUGAGAAGAAGAACGAACCUGCUUAUGAGAAUCUGAAAAAAUCGAGUGAGGUCAAAGUGAAAGAGGAGCGGAAGGAAGAUCAUGACGUUUCUCCUGAAACACCACAAACCCAUCGGCCAUCUGAGCGGCCACCAUCCAUGCCCGCGACCAGUGUCCAUCCAGGCCCUUUAGUGUCCAUGCCUAUGACAGUGGGUGUCACUGGCAUCCACCCCAUGAACACCAUCAGUGGUCUAGAUAGGACUCGCAUGAUGACCCCUUUUAUGGGCAUCAACCCAAUUCCAGGGGCCGAACGCUUCCCAUAUCCUUCAUUCCACUGGGACCCCAUGAGAGACCCCUUGAGGGACCCUUACAGAGACUUAGACAUCCAUCGGAGAGACCCUUUGGGCAGGGAGUUUCUCCUAAGGAAUGAUCCACUGCACCGCCUCUCCGCACCAAGGCUGUAUGACGCAGAGCGAUCUUUCAGGGACAGAGAGCCACAUGACUAUAAUAAUCAUCACCACCCCCUUUCGGUUGACCACCGUCGUGAGCACGAAAGGGGAGCCCACUUGGAUGAGAGAGAAAGGUUGCACAUGCUCAGAGAGGACUAUGAGCACGUUCGGCUUCACUCUGUGCAUCCCGUGGCCCUGGACGGUCACUUGGCUCACCCAAGUCUAAUUACUCCGGGACUUCCUAGUAUGCAUUACCCUCGCGUCAGUCCCCCUUCAGGACUUCAGAAUGGGCUUCUCAAUAAAACGCCUCCCACAGCAGCCCUGAGCGCGCCUCCCCCUCUCAUUUCCACCCUAGGACCUCGGCCUGGUUCCCCCCGAAGGACUACACCUUUGUCGUCAGAAAUGAGGGACAGGCCACCCUCUCACACUCUCAAAGACAUCGAAGCACGAUAAAUAAUGGCCCGAACACGUCCAAGAGAGAACAUUAGACAAACGGAUCUUCUUGCUCGAUAAACGUAGACUUUGGUUAUGACCCAACUGUAUAAAAUGUACAGACCCAGAUGUACUAAGGUUUUCUUUUCUUUCUUGGUUUUUUUUUUCCAAAAAGUAAAAAUAAAAUAUGGUUGGGUUGUAUAUUAUAUGUUGAAGAAAAAAAGUUUUCAGAACCUUUUAGACAAAAGUUGGCACAUUUUCUACGUAAAUGCUCUUUCUUUCUACUGUUCCUAGCCAGAAUAAGAUGUAAGUCAGUAUUUCAUCUUCCCCCAAAUCUUCCCUCUUUCCACUUCUCUCUCUCUCUCUCUCUCUCUCUUUUCAUUCUCUCCAGGUUGAAAUGAAGAAAAGCAGAAUUCCUUUAUUCUAUUUUAUUUUUUUCUCCCCCUGUAAGAGAGUUGUUGAAAAUAACGCUAUUUCGUGGGUUAGUGGGUCAUAUAUGCAACAUGGGGUAAGACGAAAGCUUUACUUUGUAAGUAUGUACAUAGGAAAAGAAAAAAAGUAACAUAAUGCAUUACUACUUCUUAAACUGUGCUCUUUGCAGACUUUAAUUGUGUGAAAGACCGCAGCUGCGGUACACCUAAUGUCAUAAGACAGCUAAACCCCUUCAGCUAUGCAAUUAAUUUUGAAGUUUUUCACAAAAGCCUCUUUAACUCAAAGGCGCCUUGUCAACACACUCAACCACACAUAAAGUCAUACUUUCCCUAAACAAACCCAUACAUCAUUGAUAACUUUGGGAUGAAGAAAUAAACCACCUUCAUCUUCAACAAAUAGAAAUUGGGUCUCACCUGUUGUUUGUUUUUCCUACCUGUUUUUUAAAAAAAUCUUUUUGCUAGCUAGUGUUUUGUUGUUUCUUUUUCUUAACUUGAAAAAUGUUGUACAAUGUUAGAUUACAUCCAGCCUCUCCAUAGCUGUUCCUGGGUCACUGUGAAUCAAACUUUAAAACUCAGAAAUAGGCCAUUUCUGCUGAAAUCUACUUAGAGGAGCCAAGCGCACUCUGAAUUUAACUCCCAAUAACUUAGCCAGCAUUACUGUUUGGGCUGUCCUCUUUAGGCCUUAUAAAGUAUGAGGAGUGGGGAAGAGAAGGGGACUCACAAUCUGCCUCCCCUGCCCCACCUCCAGGUUUUCUGCCAACUUUGAAUUACAAACUAUGAAAAUUAUUAAAUUCAUGGGAAAUUGCUGUUUGACAGCAUUUCCAUUUUAUCAAAUGAAGCUAAUUAUCCUGACUUGGCCCAUUUUGGUCAUCAUUUAGAGUGUAAACCAGGGUUCUCCAAACUUGGCAACUUUAAGACUUCUGGACUUCAAUUCCCUGAAUUCCCCAGCCAGCAUGAUUGGCUGAGGAAUUCUGGGAGUUGAAGUCCACAAGUCUCAAAGUUGCCAGGUUUGGAGAACCCUGGUAUAAAUAAAGGUUUCGCCAAGUGACAAAAUGAGUGUCAUGAAACAAAACUGACACUUAUAUCGGCUAAUCUUCCCAGGGGGGGUCAGAAAAGGCAAGAUGGCAGUCAUGACAUGAUGAAUGCCGACUUUUUUUUUAUUAGUGCAAAGUCUGUAAAAAUAGGCCUGACUUUGAUCAGCUGCCAUUUGACUUUCUAACCUUUCUCCCAGGUAACCCCUGAUGUUAUGUACUUGUGCCCGAUUUUGAGGUCAUAGUAAUUAAAGCCCAAUAACGAUAUUUGUAUAACAUCCUAAACGUGGUUCGUAUUUACCUUGGCUAAUUUUUUAGUUUUGUGAUUUAAGAUGCUAUGAAAAUCUGGUACAUUUGGUGAGUUUACCUCCAGAUUUUUGCACCUAAUUCCCGAAUUAAGGUUAGGCAAAUAAGGAAGUGUUGUGUAGAGAUGAAUGAUGGAGGUUGUAGUCCAAACUUUGGUGGGCAACUGAUUGAUCUCGGGCAUUGCCUUAGUGGUUCUAGUUGCCUCCAAAACUUAGCAGACAAAGGGCACCUGAUCCUUCAAUACUUUUUUCAGAAACAUCUAUUAUUUUGACAUUGGUUGGAUCUGAUAAGAACUGAAGCCCAAAACAACUGCAGUACACCAUGUUGCCUGUGUGAGUCUAGAGCUGGGCCUUAUAACAUUAACCUCCACUUUUCUAAAUGCCAUCUGUGGUAAACCUGAUACCUCUGGUGCUACAUGGACUAGCAACUUGGAACUCUUUUAAGGAAUUUGGAUAUCUUUACCAUUUGGGAAAAAAGAAUCACUGGUUUUUGGGUUGGGUACCAAUUUUCUUAACCCCUUUCCCACAUUCAGAUUCUAGUUGAACAUCCAUUAACAUAGGCAUAAGUCUUGUUAUAUGGAUAUACUUUUGACUAGGUACAGAAGUCUGCUAUUAGCUCUUCAGAAAUGUUGGUAAGAUAAGUACAUUUAUGUUAAUGUUUUUCCACCGUCCCAUCAAUGUAGAAGUGAGCAAAAGAGGGCCAUGUUACCAUGUUGCCUGUAACUCCCUCUGGGAACCACAGGAUCCCCCUGAAUAUUCCAGAAAUGAGAAACUUUCAUGAUAUCAGUCAGUCUGGGACAGGGGUGGGGAACCUUGGCUCUUUUAUGACUCGUGGACUUCAACUCCCAGAAUUCCUGAGCCGGCCAUGCUGAGGGGAAGGGAGAGGUUUCCAAGCUGAGCCAUAGUGGCUCAGGAAUUCUGGGAGUUGAAGUCCACGAGUCAUGAAAGAGCCAAGGUUCCCUACCUCUGGUCUAGGAGAUGCCAAUGAUCUCAUUUGAAAUCUCAUGCAUUUUCAGAUGAGAAGAUUGGAGCCUUAGAAGAUUGUGUGUGGGGGUUGUUUUGUGUGUGUGUGUGUGUGUGUGUGUUUAUGUGUGUGUGUGUGUGUGUGUGUGUGUGUAUAAGAACCCUAAAAUUGCUUGAAACUGGUACUCCCAUGAGAUUCUGACCAUUUAAAAAAGAUACUCUGCUUGAUUUUAGGGGUGUGCAUGCCAUUAUAGGUAUUCCUCGGCUUGCAAGCAUUUGUUUAGUGACCAUUCAAAGUUACGGCGGCACUGAGAAAAGUGACUUAUGACCAUGUUUCACACUUAACGACCAUUGCAGCAUCCCCAUGGUCACGUGAUCAAAAUUUGGGCGCUUGGCAA